UUACGUGAAUUACGGUAUCUGCCAGUUCCAGGAGGUUCUGAAUCUGUACGUGGCAGCGACACAUUCUGGCACCCCCUUCCCUCGCAGUCCUCUUCACCCCGGGGUGCUAACUAAACACGUUUCACAGCGCGACGCUCAUUUUGGAACCUCUGGAGACGAACGGUUAUUGAAUGAGAGAAAAUGAGGGUGCCCCUGUGUGUUGUCUCCUGGGUUCUGCUAUACUGCUGCUGGAUCGCGCAAGCAGAGAUUUUCACCUCUAUAGGCCAGAUGACGGACCUCCUGUACACAGAAAAAGAGCUGGUCCAUUCCCUCAGAGAGUACAUUAAAGCAGAGGAGUCGAAGUUGGCUGAAGUCAAAAGCUGGGCCAGAAAGUUGGAUGACCUGACCCGAGUAUCCACAUCUGACCCAGAAGGCUACUUGGCUCACCCGGUGAAUGCCUACAAGCUCAUGAAGAGACUCAACACCGAGUGGUCUCAGCUGGAGAACCUUGUGCUUCAGAACCCUUCAGACGGGUUCAUUUCCAACAUGACUGUGCACAGACAGUACUUUCCUGAUGCAGAAGAUGAGACGGGUGCAGCCAAGGCACUGAUGCGUCUCCAGGACACUUACCAUCUUGAUUCAGAGGAUUUUUCUAAAGGGAGGCUUCCGGGUAUGCACUCAAAUGCCAUGCUGACCGUGGACGAUUGCUUUGACAUGGGAAAGACGGCUUACAAUGACGGAGACUAUUACCACGCGGUGCUGUGGAUGCAGCAGUCCUUGAAGCAGCUGGACGCGGGCGAGGAAGCUGUGGUUUCCAAGGCAGCCAUUUUGGACUACCUCAGUUAUUCUGUUUACCAAAUGGGAGAUUUGCCUCGUGCUAUCGAGCUGACGCGCCGGCUGGUGGCCAUAGAGCCGAGCCACGAGAGGGCAGGAGGAAACCUGCGGUAUUUUGAGAAGUUGCUCCUCAAGGAGCAGAAAGAGGAGCGGGAAGAGGAGGAGCAGACCGAUGUACCUGCUUCAGAGGAGCCCAUCCAGCUGGGAACCUAUGUCAGACCCAAAGACCACCUGCCAGAGAGAGACAUCUAUGAGGCCCUAUGCAGAGGGGAGGGUGCCAGAAUGACCGAAGCAAGGCGCAGCCGUUUGUUCUGCCGCUACCAAGAUGGAAGCAGAAAUCCUCGUCUUCUGCUGAAGCCCAUGAAAGAGGAAGAUGAGUGGGAUAGUCCGCACAUCGUGCGCUACAUGGAAGCCCUGUCUGAUUAUGAGAUUGAAAAGAUUAAAGAGUUGGCCAAACCUAGGCUUGCCAGAGCUACCGUCAGAGACCCCAAAACAGGAGUUUUGACCACAGCUCACUACAGAGUAUCAAAAAGUGCAUGGUUAGAAGAAGAAGAUGGCCCGGUCAUUGGCAAAGUCAAUCAGAGAAUACAGGACAUCACAGGCCUAACUGUAGACACCGCAGAGUUACUACAGGUGGCUAACUAUGGCGUUGGAGGACAGUAUGAGCCACAUUUUGACUUUUCCAGGCGUCCUUUUGACGGUAACCUCAAGGUCGAUGGAAAUAGGCUUGCCACCUUCCUAAAUUACAAAGAUGAGCCAGAUGCUUUCAAAAGAUUAGGCACUGGAAAUCGUGUGGCCACUUUUUUGAACUAUAUGAGUGACGUUGAGGCAGGAGGCGCCACAGUCUUCCCUGACUUUGGGGCUGUAAUCCAGCCCAAAAAGGGGACGGCUGUGUUCUGGUAUAACCUUUUCAAAAGUGGAGAAGGAGACUACAGGACCAGACAUGCAGCCUGUCCUGUUUUAGUAGGAAGUAAAUGGGUGUCCAACAAAUGGAUCCAUGAACGAGGGCAGGAAUUCCUCAGACCCUGCGGCCUCACAGAAGUGGAUUGAACAUUGACCCGCUAUGCAUACAUUCUGCAAACAUUCAUGUGACAUACAGUUCUGAAAGAUAUCCACACACAGUACGUGAUUUGGAUCAUUCUGUCAGUGGCGAUCAAGAAUUUUAACAAGAAAAUGUACGUGUAAUAGGUGGCUGGACAGUUUUCCUAAAUGUUUCAAUUUGUUCAUACUGUACAUGAUUUCUAUCUCCAUUCUCCACCAAGGAUCACAAGAAUGAUGAUUUUAUACAGAACACACAAAAUCCCCAAAACAUGCAAAUCAUAGUUCCUUGUCAUCACCAAUUGGUAAUUCUGAGCCCUACUUUUGAGUUACAUGUUACUUUUGCAGCGCUGAAAUUGUGUGAAAGUGCAUCGCAUUGCUAAACACAUACUUAGCAAGCUUUCCGUCAGGACUGCCAGCCGAAUAACACAUUAGGGCGCGAAAUGAAGAAUCUCGUCAAUAAAAAUAAAGGGCUCGAAUGCAAAUCAAAUGUUUAAAUUUUUUUUCAGUUGAACAGAACAAUCUGACAGCAAUGUUUUCUUUUUCCCCACCAGAUGCUUUAUUUAUACAGUUUAAAUUAUUUCAACAGAUUCCUUGCUUUUUUUUUACCCCCUGACCAGAUGAUAAUCAUUGACGUCAAUAA